AUGAUCUUCGAGGUUCCAACGAAAUACUUUCCACCGACGACUGAUGCAGCCAAAGAAGUCAAGAAGACUGCCUACGUUAGUCCAUUCGAAAAAUUCUUGAGAACUGAGAUGGCUUCGAUGAAUAAAGUUCUCGGAGGUUCGAAUAAUGGAACCAAACUUUCUCUCUGCGACACCAUCAAGUCUACCAUCUCGUCAUCAUCCAAAGUCUUCAACUCAUCUUCUGGCACCGGGCUGGCAUCGGCAGUUGCUCAAAAGAUUGCUGACAUGUCAACGGAUUUUUCGACUUCUUUCAAAUUGACCUUGUAA